UCGAGAGCUGCAGUGGUAUUCUCUUAUCUUAUACACCAGGGUAAGAGAAUACUAAACUAUGGAGUUUGUCAUAGAUAUAAUUAGAUUUGUUUUAUAGACGAUUUUGCAGCUUUGGGAAUAAUCUUUCUUCUUUAUUUUAAACAUUUUUUUACUUUGCAUCAACUGUCGAAAAUGUCUUUUGGAAUUCGGAUUUACGCAAUUUGGAUUUUACUUUUGGUCAUUUUUGACGUGGCUCUCUCAAACUAUUCGGAAGACCAAUGUAGCUGGAGAGGCAGUGGUCUGUCCAUGCAGCAGGGAAGUGUGGAGCAGAUCUCCCUCCACUGCUCUGAGGGUACUCUGGACUGGCUGUAUCCCAAAGGAGCCUUGCGACUCACCCUGUCACCCCGUCUGCCCUCUGUGGCGGUGGGGCCUGGCGGGAGCAGCUCUGGCCUCAUCACAGCCUGCGUCAAGCCCUCUGAGCAGUUCCAUGGAGCCCAGCUAUACCUAGAGAGAGACGGGGUCCUGGAGCUUCUGGUAGGGGACCGACUGGAGUCCUCUCCCCCACCAAGGGUUCGCUGCUUCAGCCGCCUGCCAGGGGAGAGGGUGGCUCUCUUCCUGCAAGCUACACCUCACCAGGAUAUCAGCCGGCGGAUCGCCUCCUUUCGGUAUGAGUUGAGAGGGGACUGGACUGCUCGCCUGUCACUUGACUCCAACCCCAUCAGCAGUGAAGAAGCCUGCAGACCCUGCAACAACACUGAAAUCCUGAUGGCUGUCUGUACCAGUGACUUUGUUGUGCGUGGUAACAUCAAGGCAGUGGCCGAAGACGAGAACCUACGGGCGGCAGUGAUCAAGGUUAGCGCCACGAGGGUGUUUCGUCAAAAGUACGCCCUGUUCACCGGCAACAGUCGCCUGACCAGCCGGGGUGAGAUCAGGACUCUGCUUCAAUGUGGUGUCAAACCGGGGCCCGGCAGCUUCCUUUUCACUGGUCGGGUCCACUUUGGGGAGGCCUGGCUGGGCUGCGCUCCCCGCUACAAGGACUUCCAACAGGCAUACAUCAUGGCUAAAGCAGCCCAGCAGAUACCUUGUGAACUGCCAGUAGACUGAGCUGAAGCCUCUCCAGCAGCUUGUCUACCACACAAAAUCAAGGCUGUACUGAAAGCCAGGCCAAAUUCAGCCCUGUUCCAUGUUUCGGAAGAAGCCACGACAAACAACCGUUGGCCGAUGUGGCCAUGGUGCCACUAAUGGAUAUAGUCUUCCCCAAAGGACUGAGGAGUGAAAUAUGCAGUGCAAUAUGCAGUCCCCCGGGUCCCCAAGACCUGGUGAAGUUGUCAAAUGAGAGACAUGGUUGAAAUGAAGAUUAUACGCAUUUGGCAUUGGACCGUUUGAGUAAUGCCAUUAUGCAGGUUCAGAGGCAAUCUCUUGAAAGGGUUUCCAUUUGGGAUAAAUUAAGUCAAGCCAUUAAUUCAGGCCUAUUGAGAGUCAUUGCUUUGAAACUCAGGAACAUUUAUGAAAAGUUCUAUAGAAAGCUUACUGCCUUAGUUGCUAUCCCAGCGAGGGUAAACUUUGGGCAGGUGUUGCUGUGGUCCAAGAUUUCAAAUGUUCUACCUUUUCCCACAGUGUUUUCGUUUGGAAAAUGUCUGGCCUACAUUUAUUAGCAGCCAGGCAGCUAGAGGACAGUGUGUUUAGCAUGCUUUGGUGGUCACCUCUUUGCUGGUGUCCUCCUCAGUGUGACUAUUAUUAUUAUUAAGGAGAUUAUAAAUGGUCCUCACAAAAGGAAAAGUAAAGAUAUAUAUAUUUGCACUGAUAAAGGAAAGGGAAUGAUCUGGAAAGUGAUGCUGCAAGCACUGAAAACCAAAUAAAAAGCAACUAUAUGUAGCAUAGUGGAGCAAUUGAGAAUUUUAAUAUAUGUACAGUACAGAUAAUUUGAGCACAUACAGAAGUAACACAAAGCUGAGGCUACCUGAGCAGCUCAAAGUAGUGCUGAAAGCACUUUUCAUAUUCUCGCCAACUCUGAGAUUUUGCUUCUAUAAGGAGAUGUAGGCUUUUAAGAGCAGUUGGUAAAAUAAGUUUAUAAGAUAUCACACCUGCAGUAGGUUUCGUGUCAAUUGCCAUCCAAUAUUUUCGCAAAAUGUUAAGUAGAGUAAUUGGACUGUAAAGAGAGUCAUUUAAAACCUGUGGAGUUAAAUUGUAGCAGUUUAGCCAAAGCAGUUAAAAGUUUGGUUGUUGUCAAUCACUGCUCUCCAAUGAUUCUGUCACUCAUUAUCAAGACAUGCAUAACAAGAAAUGAAUACCAAGAAGACUAUUUUAUGUUAUUAAGUAAAAAGAAAAAAAAAAGAUUUUAUUCACCUGUAUAUAAACAGUAAAGUUAGUAGAACAGACGACAACAGCCAUUCAUAACUGAUAUCCAGAGCUUUUCUGUGCUAUAGAAGUAAGAAUGGAGGAAUAUACAGAAAAAUCCUGUGACCAGUUAUUGGUGGAAAAACAAUUUAUCACACUGAACAAGGCUAGCUCAAGAGAAACACAAAAUAUGCAUUUAAUGUGUAAAAAUUAUGUUCUGUAAAAUGAUUUCAUAACUAAUGUGCACUAUAUCAACAAGGAGAGGGGAUCAUACCAAAUGACCGUGAUGUGCUGAAGCGGUAUGUUUUUAAAUGCGUACACUGCCAUUUUGCUGUUGUUUCUUUUUUUAUGUGAAUUUGUGUCUAUAUCAAUGUGAAUGUAAAUAUGUCAAUAAGAAAAUUCUAGAAAUGUUGGCAUGAAAAAUGCCUGUGGAGAAAAAAACACUGUCUCAGUAUUGUGGAUUAUUUCUAUGUUUGUCUGUGUCAUUAAAUAUACUUU